AUGGCCAAUGGAGGAGCCGAGGCCUUGCGUGCUGAGAUCGAGGCCGUCAGGGCAGAACUGCGGGCAGAAGACGCCAGAAGCCACGAUUGUCUUGCUCAGAUAGCAGCGGCUGAAGAGAGGCAGCGAUUGCGGCGUGAGCUUGAAGAACUGAGAGGAGAACUGCGCAGCAAGCAGAGGCGGAACUCAUCGAAUCGCGAACUUCGGGAAAGUGUUGAUGCAGAUCGCGCCGGUCGCUUUCGGGACUCUUCUCAUCCUCGUCGACUUCGUAGAAUUGUCCCAAAUGCCAUGCAACAUCGUAGCUUCAGUGGCCAGGGGAGCACGCAGUUCAGUCAAGGGGUUGCUCAAGGCGAGUACCUUUGGCAAAUGACCGGCAUGUCCUGGUUGAGGGAUGCGCUGCGGGUUCUUGAAGAUUCCUGGGAUGAAGAAGAUACAUCCUAUGCGUCAUCUGCAUGCUUCAAGGUUGGGAGCACUGAGUUUCAGCUUGUUUACCAUCCUGAUGCAGGCCGCCUGUCACACCAAGAGUUUGGCUCUCUUGCAAUCCGAUUCUUUCGUUCAUCAGGCCAAGACGAAGGCACAUGCUUCCGAUACAGACUCUAUAUCAAGGGGCAUGACGGAACAUUCGUGCAAUGGGGCGAGACGGGUCACAGCCGCGUUGAUUCAUAUGCAGACGUAGCGUAUGUUGGGCCUGAUGUGUAUUGGUCCUGGGAAGGCAAUCGGUCGCCUACCUUCACAGCCUCCGGCAUCUUUGGUCUUUCUUACGAAGAGCUGCUGCAGUCAGAAUGGGUGAAUGACGACGUGCUAACGGUGAAGUGCGCACUGGAAGUGCGCCCCGGCUUCUUAGAGGCACAUGACCUCGACCUCGACCCAGCCAAUCUUCUAGAGCCAGGACUCAGCCACGACAUGCAAGUUCUUCUUGAUAAAGGUGGCAGCAGCGACGUCCAGUUCAUUGUGAAGGAACAGGUGAUCCAUGCGCACUCACAAGUCCUGAGCGCAAGGUCUGAGGUCUUCGAGAAACAGCUGGCUGCUGGAAUGCAGGAGACCAUGACAAAGGUCAUCGUGAUCGAGGAUUGCCCUGCUGCCACGUUCAAAGCUUUCCUGAAGUUCCUAUACACGGAUCAGUUGCCCAGUCUCGAGGAGCUAGCUUCUGAGACGUCGGCCAGUGGGGCGACCUCAAGUGAUGACACUUCGCGUUUGGAUGAUAUGCAGGCAGUGAUACAGAUGGAAGCAAUGCAGCUUGGGGAGUAUGUGCUGCAGAUUAAGGACAUUGGCCAAACUAGUUGCACCCAGACUUAUUCGGCCCAGCAGCUCGAAAAGCGGUGCCUUGCCUACAUCAAGAACCACAUGAGCAAGGUCAUGAAGCUACCGUCCUACAUGGAGAUGGUGCAGACAUGGCCAGAGCUCAUGCUGAAGAUCAACUUGUUCCUGACGGGCGCAACAGAAGCAGACACGGCCGAAGUCCUUGAGGCUCACAGGACUCCCAUGACGGCAGACGCCGGCGAUGAGUCCGCGGUUGAUCUGUAA